AUGGAGAAUCUCUCCAUGUCGCGCAGUCCCACCGACUCGCCCGUGUUACUCCCCCGUGUCCCCAAGGACUUCAGCACGCCUCGCAAGCUGUCAGAGACGGAGCGGAAGGUGAGCGAGGCUUCCCUCGAGCGCAUCCGCUCUAGUCGCAGUAAUGCCUCUUUCCAGGGCAACGCUACUAUGCAGGAGAUGUUGGAUGAGCUCAGUUAUCUGAAGAACAUGAUUCAGUCUGAGAUGGAUGGAACUCCUUUCUGA